AUGCAGUCGCAGGAACAGAAAUCGAACAAGUCCCUCUACGUCGGCAAGGAGGUGGACUCUCUGGACGCGGUGCUCGAGGCGCAUCUGCCGGAGGCCGAGCUGGCCGAGGUGCGCCGCCUGCUGUACGGCAAGGUGCCCGCCUCGCUUCCCAUCUCCGACGCUGCCCGCAAGCUCGCCGACGAGCGGCAAUACGACAUCAAGGCGUUCAAGUUCGAUGCGGCGCCGGAGCAGCUCCGCAAGCCGCGCGUGGUGAAGAUCGGCCUCAUCCAGAACUCGAUCGCCGCGCCCACCACCGCUCCCCUCUUCGAGCAGUACAAGGCCAUUGAAGCCAAGAUCGCGGAGCUGAUCGACGCCGCCGGUUCGAUGGGCGUCAACAUCUUGUGCCUGCAGGAGGCGUGGACGAUGCCGUUCGCCUUCUGCACGCGGGAGAAGGCGACCUGGUGCGAAUUCGCCGAGUCGGCCAAGGACGGCCACUCGGUCAAGUUCGUGCAGGAGAUGGCGCGCAAGCACAACAUGGUCAUCGUCUCCUCCAUCCUCGAGCGCGACAGCGCCCACGGCGAGACCAUCUGGAACACCGCCGUGGUGGUGGGCAACCACGGUAACAUCAUCGGGAAGCACCGCAAGAACCACAUCCCGCGCGUGGGCGACUUUAACGAGUCGACCUACUACAUGGAGGGCAACGACGGCCACCCCGUCUUCGAGACCGAGUUCGGCAAGAUCGCGGUGAAUAUUUGCUACGGGCGCCACCACCCGCUCAACUGGCAGAUGUUCGGCAUCAACGGGGCCGAGAUCGUGUUCAACCCGUCGGCCACCGUGGGUGCGCUGUCCGAGCCCAUGUGGCCCAUCGAGGCCCGCAACGCCGCCAUCGCCAACUCGUACUUCACGGCGGGCAUCAACCGCGUCGGCACGGAGACCUUCCCCAACGAGUUCACCUCCGGAGACGGCAAGCCCGCCCACAAGGGUUUGUCGCGGGCGAGGGACGGCCUGCUCGUGGCCGAGCUCGAUCUCAACCUGUGCCGUCAGAUGACCGGCCGACUGGACCUCUAUGCGCGCUCGUUCACCGAAGCAGUCAAGGAGGACUUCAAGCAGCAGAUCAUCCGCGACCCCUCGCUCGGCAACUGA